CCAGGCGCCCCGCACUUGGGUUGUCUUUCAGGCAUGACCUUUGAUCUCUGAAGCAGCCUCCUCAGUUACCGCGAACGAACGUUGCCUGCCUACUUCUGGGUUGUGGCAGAGCUAAGUCUUAACACCGCAUGGGCUUCGCUAAUCGCUUGUGCCAAAGCUAAGGAGAGGAAGCUGGAGAAUUCUGGGUGACCACCUUUCGGGAGCAUCCGCUUCUCUGGAGGAGUUGAAUCCAGCAGGAAGGUCGUGUUAGCUGACCAAGGACGCUUUCCUUCAAAGGCAGCAUUUAGAGUGAACACUCUUCGUCCGGGCCCUGCUAACUGUGGCUUGACCUCAGCGCGGCGGUGGGCGGAGGGCCGCUCUGUGGGUAAAUCUGGGGAGCAACUCUUAUCACUGACCGGAAGUACUCCCGGCUCAGCCGAGGAAGAAAACAGCCCAAAGAUGAGAGUGAUUCGUGUGGGCACCCGAAAGAGCCAGCUGGCCCGCAUACAGACAGACAGCGUGGUGGCGGUGCUGAAAUCCUUGUACCCAGGCCUGCAGUUUGAAAUCGUUGCUAUGUCCACCACAGGGGACAAGAUUCUUGAUACUGCGCUCUCUAAGAUAGGCGAGAAGAGCCUGUUUACCAAGGAGCUGGAACACGCGCUGGAAAAGAAUGAAGUGGACCUGGUUGUUCACUCCCUGAAGGACCUGCCCACUGUGCUUCCUCCUGGCUUCACCAUUGGCGCCGUCUGCAAGCGGGAGAACCCCUACGAUGCUGUUGUCUUUCACCCCAAAUUUGUUGGGAAGACCCUAGAAACCUUGCCAGAAAAGAGUGUGGUGGGAACCAGCUCCCUGCGGAGAGCGGCCCAGCUGCAGAGAAAGUUCCCACACCUGGAGUUCAAGAGCAUUCGGGGAAACCUCAACACGCGGCUUCGGAAGCUGGAUGAGUUCCAGGAGUUCAGCGCCAUCAUCCUGGCCGCGGCCGGCCUGCAGCGCAUGGGCUGGCAGCACCGGGUGGGGCAGAUCCUGCCCCCGGAGGACUGCAUGUACGCGGUGGGUCAGGGGGCCCUGGGCGUGGAAGUCCGAGCCAAGGACCAGGACAUCCUGGAUCUGGUGAGCGUGUUGCAUGAUCCUGAGACCCUGCUUCGCUGCAUUGCUGAGCGAGCCUUCCUGAGGCACCUGGAAGGAGGCUGCAGCGUGCCAGUGGCAGUGCAUACAGCUAUGAAGGAUGGGCAACUGUACCUGACUGGGGGAGUCUGGAGUCUAGACGGCUCAGAUAGCAUGCAGGAGACCAUGCAGGCCACCAUUUGUGUCACUGCCCAGCAGGACGAUGGCCCGGAGGAUGAUCCACAGCUGGUGGGGAUCACUGCCCGGAACAUUCCACGACAAGCCCAGCUGGCUGCUGAGAACCUGGGCAUCAGCCUGGCCAGUUUGUUGCUGAACAAAGGAGCCAAGAACAUCCUGGAUGUUGCACGACAGCUUAACGAUGCCCACUAACUGGUCUGUGGGGCGCACGUGCCUGGGCUAUCACGCGGUGCCUGCCUCCCAGCCCUUGGUGCCCCGUUCUCACGGCUACCUGGGGACUGAUUACCCCGGGCAUUGAACUGCAAGGUCAAGACCUCCAGAGACUUGCCUCACCUUGGGGCUGUGGUGAGUGCCUAGCUUCCUCAGUAGGUGGGGGGGUUUCAUCUCUCUGGGGAAAAAGUUCAAGCCACGGCCUUUGAAUGUAACCAACUCAACUAAUAAACCAGCUCUGACUUUGUU